UUCUCUUGACUUCCGCCAUAGAUUCACUAUUCUUGUGUACGACACAUCUAACAUCUUUACUUUGCUGAUAACGAUCAAUUCAAUCAGAAAACGAUUUGUCCUAAUGUAACUCAUGAGUUAUUACAUUCUUGAAGUUAUAAACUAUCGUCCGCGAGAUAAGUCAAUAAUGAAUAUUUUGUUGCAAGUGAUUAUUUUUCAUUUUGAUGUUUAAAUUAAUAAUGAUUUGUCUUUCCUGAUUUAUUUGUGAAGAUGGUUUAAGUGGCUAAAGAAAUCAUAAAAUUGGAAAUUUAUAUCGGAAGCUAAGGAUUGUUUUCUAAAUAUUUCAAUAUUAAAUUUUUUGUUUAAGAAAUACAAUCGAAAAACAAAAUGACUUCGGGAGGCAUCUCGGACCAUCUAAGUAUAGCAAAUUGGGCGCCAGAAAUGCCCACUGUUCAAGAAAUCAGCGAAUCUAUGCAGAAUUUCGACGUGCUGGAUUAUAUCGUAUUCACUGUUAUGUUGAUCAUAUGCGGUAUCGUCGGUAUUUAUUUUGGUUUUAUAAAGAAAUCCUCAGGUGAAGACGAAUAUUUGAUUGGUGGGAGGAACAUGAGUACAUUUCCUGUCAGCCUCAGUCUACUAGCUAGUUUUAUAUCAGGUAUCUCGUUAUUGGGUACACCGACGGAAAUUUACGUACAUGGAACAAGUUACCUAUUCAUCUGUUGUGCGAUCGUCUUUGUCAGUAUUGUCACGCAUUUUGUGUAUUUGCCAGUUUUUCAUGAGCUCAAACUCACUAGCACUUAUGAAUACCUCGAAAAGCGUUUCGAUAAAAGAAUGAGAUUAUUAGGGUCAGUCCUCUUUGCUAUCGGUAUCAUAACUUGGCUUCCAAUUGUCAUCUAUGUACCCGCAUUGGCCUUUAAUCAAGUCACUGGAGUAAACGUACAUAUAGUUACACCUUUCGUGUGCAUCGUUUGCAUAUUCUACACUUGUGUGGGUGGUCUCAAGGCAGUAGUAUGGACAGAUUUCUUUCAGACUUUUAUUAUGUUUGGCUCCAUGUUAUUAAUUACAAUUAAGGGCACAGUGGACAUUGGUGGAUUAUCGUUAGUACUCGGAAGAAAUUUGGAUUCCGGAAGACUUGAAUUUCCUACGACAGAUUGGAGUCCUUUGGCAAGACAUUCAAUUUGGGCGCUUACAAUAGGCGGUUUCGUACAUUGGUUGCAAAUCACAGCUAUUAAUCAAAAUAUGAUUCAACGAUAUUUAUCACUUCCUACUUUGCAGUCAGCUAGAAGAGCACUCUGGUGUUUUCUGAUCGGAGUUACAUUGUUGAUGUGUCUGUGUGGAUAUGCUGGUAUGUUAAUUUACGCUUGGUAUCAUGAAUGCGAUCCACUUACAACCAAGUUGGCACGUGCAAAGGAUCAGCUAUUACCUUUGUUGGUUAUGAACGUGUUGGGAGAUUUUCCAGGUCUUCCUGGUCUCUUUGUCGCUGGUGUAUUUAGCGCCGCACUUAGUUCAUUGUCAACCGGUCUAAAUUCCAUGGCAGCCGUAGUUCUGGAGGAUUUUGUUAAACCUUUUAUAAAAACUCCUUUUACGCGCAAAGGCGCUGAUAUCUUUAUGAAGCUCACGGUUGUCAUUUUAGGAACAAUUUGUGUGGCUCUCGUUUUCGUCGUGGAGCAAGCCGGCACUCAUGUAUUACAGUUGUCGAUAAGUCUAGGCGCCAUUACCAAUGGACCAUCCUUUGGCAUUUUCAACAUGGGAAUGUUAUUACCAUGGAUCAAUGGCAAGGGCGCUUUAAUCGGAGGAAUUGCAGGUUUGAGUUUCAUGGGUUGGCUUGGUCUUUCUGCCGAAGCAGCUAUCACCAGUGGAAAAAUUAAGUUUGAUAUGAAACCCGUCACCACAGAGGGAUGUACCUAUUCUUUUCCACAAGUAGAGAAUUUAUUGUUGUCUGUUCCACCCGAUAAGUCCAUUUUGGAUGACGUUGAAGAGGAACCAUGGGCAUUAUACCGAAUCAGUUAUCUUUGGUAUACCAUAACUGGUGCCUUAGUGACCAUGGGUGUUGGUCUCAUUGUAACUCUGAUUACUUCCGAAGAUGUUGAUAAAUUGGAUCCAAUGCUUGUGGCACCGUUUGUAAGAAAAUAUCUGAAAACUUCAAAAAAAGAUAUUGCACUUGAAGAACUUCAACAAAUCAAGGUUGCAAAAUCAAAUGAAAAGAUGGCAUCUUGUACUAUCAAUGAGGAUGAUAAGUUAUUAUCAGAAGCAACUUCGAUACAUAAUGAUAUAUACAAAAAUAAGUAGUAAUUAUUAUAAUAUAAACUUUAAUGCUUCGAAAUUAUUAAAACCAGAAUUUUUAUAGUUCAAUAAUACCGAUUCGAUUGUCCAAGUCUUAUAUUGAAUUAUUGAAAAAAGUUUUGUACAAAGUUUGUGUACAAAUACUAUAUAUUUUUGAUAGUAUAUUACAUAUUAUAUUGUAAAAAUAGU